UUCAUGAGCUGAUGUUUGUAUAUGCUAGAAAAAUAACGAUAAAAAAGUGAAAUGUUGAAAAAAUGUUUAAUUUUCGGUUUGGUGAUACUUUCGUCAGUUCAGUUGAUAGUAGCGAGUGAUAGUUCAACAUUCGAGAGCAAUAUAUUUUUUGAAUUCUACAAUGGAAGCAAUGAAAUUUCCUAUGUUUCAAAUUCAUUUGGCGAUGAUUUGAUAGGUGGUUCAGGUUGUAAUCCUAGUGGAGAUGUGGCCAUAAUCGUACAUGGUUGGUUAGAAAGUUGCGAAACGUUAUGGGUACAGGAAAUGAUUUCAUUGUUAAACGAACAUCGCGGAGGAUGCAUCAUAUGCAUGAAUUACUCUGCAUACUCGAAAAAUUUCAACUAUUUCGGAAUGGUGGCCGAUUUUUCCUUUAUUGACGAUAUUCUAGUCAACAAAUUGCAUCAACUUGUUCAAGAAGAAUUUACUCCAGACAAAAUAUUCAUUUUUGGAUUCAGUUUCGGAGGCCAGUUAGCUCUAGAAGCUGGCCGUCGGUUUGGAAAACAAUUAAUAAGCCGAAUCGAUGCUUGUGAGCCAGCUGGUCCAGGAUUCGAUUCAAAUCAAACAUAUUCAAAGCAAAGUCCUAUGGACUCGGCGAAAUUUGUGCAAUGCAUUCACACGAGCUACGAUAAAGGGACCCAAAAGCGUAGCUGUCAUCAGAACUGGCAUUUGGGUCAUUGUGGACUGUAUCAAAUCGCCGCAGGUCCAUAUCCAUUAGGCAGCCACGGUCUGUGUCCGUAUUUCUACAAUAGUGCAUUUAGUAAUCAGUUCCACGCAAUACCACAACCUGCAACUUGUCCAACAUCAAAACGAUUGCCAAUGCACCCACUUGUUGACAUGGCAAUGGGAUACGUGUUCAAUGACUUGUCAGAAGUAAAUGACACCACUGGAUAUGAUUAUUAUGCGAAUACCUAUAAGUUACCGCCUUACCAUACAGAUGUAGAAAAGGAAAUGCCAGCCAAAUCCUAGGUUCUUACUUUUAGUCGAUUUUUUGUUUCUAGACUGUUGUCGUCUUACGUUAAAAAAAUGUAUAGUCAAAGUUUAUCAGACUGGUGCCCCAUGGCACUCUGAGUCACUCAUAGAACCAUGGUAUGCCAGUUGAUUAUACUACCUGAUAAGAAAGA